AUGGAGAGAAAAAGAACAAAGGGCCGUCAAAAGAUCGCGAUAGCAAGAAUCAAGAAAGAUAGCGACUGCUUCGCCACUUUCUCGAAGCGGCGGCUCGGCCUGUUCAGAAAAGCCAGCGACGUGUCCGCGCAAUGCAAUGCUGACGUGGCGGUGGUGGUGUAUUCUCCGACAGGUAAGCCGUUCUCUUUCUUCCACCCGACUAUGGAGUCCGUUGUCAGCAGGAUCGAAAACCCUAAUCCGAAGACGAGCGAUUCGUCUCGUCUCUUCGAGGCGUACACGAGGACUAGGGUUAUGCAGCUGAACCAGAUGAUUGAGAAGCUCGAUGGGGAAUUGCAGGCUGAAGUGGAGAGAGAGAAGAAAUUGGAAGAUGAGACGAAGAAGAAGAAGAAUCGAACGGUGUCGUUUUGGGAGGAAGAAGAAGCGGUUGGGAAGUUUGAUGAAGAGCAGGUGAAAAACGUGACGGAUUUGCUCGAAAAUAUCAAGGCUCGGUUGAGAGUUCGUGAGGACGAAUUGAAACGAGGAGCUUCUUCUUCGUCUUCGUCUUUUUUGCUACAUUGAUUUAUAUAUAUGAAACCUAAGUGUUUUUAUUAUAAAUAUAUAU